CGGGCCCGGCGCGGAACUUUCCAGAAGCGCCGGGCUGGGCGCGGAGCUGCCGCGGGAGCGGGGCCGCCCGGCGCGCGCCGCCCGCCGCCAUGGUGAAGGAGACCACCUACUACGAUGUGCUCGGCGUCAAGCCCAGCGCCUCGGCCGAGGAGCUGAAGAAGGCCUACCGAAAGCUGGCGCUGAAGUACCACCCGGACAAGAACCCCAAUGAGGGCGAGAAGUUCAAGCAGAUUUCCCAGGCAUACGAAGUGCUGUCGGACCCGAAGAAGAGGGAGCUGUACGACAAGGGGGGCGAGCAGGCCAUCAAAGAGGGAGGCUCCGGGAGUUGCUUCGGGUCGCCCCUGGACAUCUUCGACAUGUUUUUCGGCGGCGGCGGGAGGAUGCAGAGGGAGAGGCGAGGCAAAAAUGUGGUGCAUCAGUUGUCAGUAAGUUUAGAAGAUAUGUACAAUGGUGCAACGAGGAAGCUCGCACUGCAGAAGAAUGUUAUCUGUGACAAAUGUGAAGGUCGUGGUGGCAAGAAAGGUGCAGUAGAAUGCUGUCCUAACUGCAGAGGAACAGGCAUGCAGAUCAGAAUCCACCAGAUUGGGCCAGGAAUGGUGCAGCAAAUCCAGUCGGUGUGUAUGGAGUGUCAGGGCCAUGGGGAGCGUAUCAGCCCCAAGGACAGGUGUAAGAGCUGCACUGGCAGGAAAAUUGUCAGAGAGAAGAAGAUACUAGAAGUACACAUUGACAAAGGAAUGAAGGAUGGUCAGAAGAUAACAUUCCAUGGUGAAGGGGACCAAGAGCCAGGACUAGAGCCUGGUGACAUUAUUAUUGUCUUGGAUCAAAAAGACCACUCUACAUUUACAAGACGAGAUGAAGACCUUCUCAUGUCUAUGGAUAUUCAGCUGGUUGAAGCACUGUGUGGUUUCCAAAAGCCCAUCACGACGCUGGAUAAUAGAACUAUUAUUAUUACCUCCCAUCCUGGCCAGGUCAUCAAGCAUGGUGCUAUUAAGUGUGUGUUGAAUGAAGGUAUGCCAAUUUAUCGCAGACCGUAUGAAAGAGGACGCCUGAUCAUAGAAUUCAGGGUGAACUUCCCAGAGAGUGGCUUCCUCUCCUCAGAUAAGCUGUCUUUACUUGAAAAACUGCUACCCACAAGGCAGGAAAUAGAAGAAACUGAGGAAAUGGAGCAAGUGGAUUUAGUGGACUUUGAUCCGUCUCAAAAAAGAAGACACCACUAUAAUGGAGAAGUCUAUGAAGAUGAUGAGCAUCACCCAAGAGGUGGUGUUCAAUGCCAGACAUCAUAAAUGGGCCAGUGAAUAACUUGUGAUGCUUGUUUUGUAUGCAUUAGGGGAUAAGUGAAGAACUACAAGCAGUUCACCCUCACUUCUUGCUGUUUGUUGUUCUAUCCAGCCAUAGUUGUUUCUAAAAGCAUAAAGAAAUAAACUAAGUGAUUAAACUGA